AUGGCGCAGCAACUGAUUCAGCUAGAUCAAGACAAACUGAGCUGUUCCAUCUGUCUGCAGCUUCUAAAGGAUCCAGUCACUAUUCCCUGUGGGCACAACUACUGCAUGGACUGCAUCAGAAAGUGCUGGGAUGAGAAGGAAGUACACAGCUGCCCUCAGUGCAGGCAGAUUUUCACACUGAAACCUGACCUGGUGAAAAAUGGCAUGCUUGCUGAGUUAGUGGAAGAUGUAAAGAAAGCAGGACUUCCAGCUGCUUCGCCUGAUCAUGCCUUUGCUGGACCUGGAGAUGUGGCCUGUGAUUUCUGUUCUGUGAGGAAGCGGAAAGCCUCCAAGUCCUGCCUGGUGUGUAUGGCCUCUUACUGUGAGCAGCACCUCCAGCCUCACUACAACGUAGCUCCAAUAAAGAAACACAAACUCAUCAAAGCCACUUCAAAGCUUCAGGAGAACAUCUGCCCUCGCCAUGAUGAGGUGAUGAAGAUCUUCUGCCGCACUGAUCAGCAGUGUAUCUGUUAUCUCUGCUCAAUGGAUGAACACAAAGACCAUGUCACAGUGUCAGCUGCAGCAGAAAGAGCUGAGAGGCAGAAAGGGCUUGGAAGAAAUCGACAAAAAUUUCUUCAAAGAGUUCAGGACGGAGAGAAAGAUGUGAAGACGCUUCAUGAAAGAGUGGAGGCUAUCAAUCUUUCUGCUGAUAAAGCGUUAAUGCAAACUGAGAAGAUGUUCAAAGACUUGAUCAGUCUUAUUCAGAAAAAAAGCUCUGAGGUGAAGCAGAAGAUCAGGUCUAAGCAAACAUUUGAACAGAACAGAGUCAAAGAGCUUCGGGAGAAAAUAGAGCAGGAGAUCAGAGAUCUGAGGCAGAGAGACACUGAACUGCAGCAGCUCUCACUGACAGAGGAUCACCUCCAUUUUCUGAAAAGCUACUCCUCGCUGUCACAUCUGAGUGCAUCUACAAACGUACCCACCUGCAACAAUGUUACUCUGCAGUACUUUGAGGAUGUGACUGCAUCUGUGUCACGGACCAGAGAUAAAGUGAAGGCUCUUCUCAGUGAUGAAUGGCCAAAAAUCUCAGUUGGAACGACCAAAGCAGAUAUUUUACUGCCUCAAGGAGAACCCAAAACCAGACACGACUUUUUGAAAUAUUCUUGUCAGAUCACUCUCGAUCCAAAUACAGCACACACACUGUUGUCACUGAGUGACAGCAACAGAAAAGUGACACUGAUGAGUAGAAACCAGUCAUAUCCAAGUCAUCCAGACAAAUUCCUUGAAUGGUGUCAGGUCCUGAGCAGAGAGGAUCUGACUGGACGCUGUUACUGGGAGGUGAAGUGCAACGGGAUGGUUGGAGUAGCUGUUGCAUACAAGGAUAUCGGCCGUAGAGGGACCAGAGAGGAAUGUGGAUUUGGAUUGAAUGACAAAUCCUGGUCAUUAACAGUUUCAGGCAGCGGUUAUGAAUUCAAACACAACAAUAUUCCCACUCCCAUCCCAGGCCCUCUGUCCUCCAGAAUAGGAGUAUAUUUGGAUCACAGGGCAGGAACUCUUUCUUUCUACAGCAUCACUGAGACCAUGAAUCUCCUCCACAGAGUCCAGACCAGGUUCACUCAGCCUCUCCAUGUUGGACUGUGGCUUCCACAAAGUGCUGGACACACUGCUGAGGUGUGUGAGCUCAGAAGAGAAUAA